AGAAUUCUCCAGACUUAACGUGAUUUGAAAAACUGGGGGCUAACAAUUGUUAUCGAUUUUUGCAAACAAAAGAAUACUUUAUACACAUGUAAAAGGGGUUUUCCGAUGGAUAAAUCGGCGAAAAGGUUUUCAAUUCAAUGGUUUAUCGAUUCUACUUCUAAUUGGACUAGAAAUCUGUGUAAUGUCCCAGAUAUUGACAUAGGAAAACUAAAAUACUAUCUGAUUGACAGUCGCCAGAAAACAUUCGACAAGGACAGUGUUCGUGCAUACAAAUCGUUAAAGGCAUAUAAGUACUUUGAGGAAGGCUUCUUUCAGAAACUGGAGCACAAGAUUGUUGAAGACGAGGGACAAGACCUAUACCUGAUACAUGUUGAGGUCUUUGCUUCAUACCAGGGCCAGGUCUACCAGACCUACGCUGCUAUAGACAAGCAGACAGUCUAUCCUGUAGGGGGAGCAUGUGCCUGUGUAGCAGGAUGCGGUGAGGCUUGCAGUCAUAUCGCAGCCAUACUAUUUGCGGUAGAAGACUUUGUUGCACAAGGACUUAAUCAGUUGCCUGAUGACAAAUCUUGUACGGACAUACUCUGUCAAUGGAACAAGCCAUCAAAGCGGAAGGUUGAGAUGAAAAAAUCCACAACAUCAGGAUAGUGAAACAGGACCAUGGUAAAACACUUAAAGAGAAACAAACAUUUGACAGCAUUGGCUUUGACCCCAUGCGUGAGUCUGACAGAACGGUGGUACCAAGUAGGAAGUCUAAGUUAGUGGAUGCUCUUAAACGCCACAACCCAGACUGUAACUAUCUUAGAUAUGCCGGAACUGGAUACUCUGGUACAAAUAACUCGACGGUAAAGCAGAAUCCAUCUGCAAAAACACCCGAGGAUUACAUAAUUGAUACGUUUCCCCCAAGUUUGAAUGAAAUAAAGUGCGCUUGUAAAAAAGUGAAGUCUUCUUUGUCAGUGUCAGGGGAGGAACGACAUAAACUAGAACGCUUAACUAUUGGACAGUCGGACAGUGUUAAAUGGAAAAAUGCUAGGAAGUAUAGAAUAACAGCAUCCAAGUUUCACAAAGUGUUUCGCAUGAAAUCAAGCACAAAUCCAAAGUCGACUCUGGAACAUUUUUGCAGUACAAAGCAACAAAACAGACAAGUGCUAUGUCUUUUGGACUGAAACAGGAAGGUACUGCUGCUAAAAGGUACACUGAAAAAAAAACAGGCUUAAAAUUGAAAAAAAGGGAUUAGUGCUAGAUUCUGAGUUUCCUUUCUUGGGUGCCUCUGUUGACCGAGUGACAGAUAACGAGGACAGAAUUGUAGAAUUCAAGAAUCCACAGUCGGUCUGGAACUUAAAUAUACGGGAGGCCUCGCAGAAGUUGAAAUGUCUCAAAUUAGACGAGAAUGAUGAUGUAAUUUUAAAUCCACUCAAGUACAAGGACAAAUGGGAAUUUUAGGAAUUGGCAAGUGUGACUUUGUGCUAUGCACUAAGGAUGAUAUAUUGAUUCAUGAGGUUCUUUUUGAUUCAGAGUUCUGGGAAGAAUGCAAGAAAAAACUUGUCACAUUCUUUGAAAAUGUAAUGUUGCCAGAGAUUGUAUAUCCAAGAGUUAAGUUCAGUAACGACCCAUACAUUUAUGAAAUGGUAUAGAUAAUAGAAGGCUUGAUAGAUCAAUAUGUAAAUGCCACUACAAAUGCCAGAUGUAAUUGAAACCAUAGUAUCAUUUCAAAAUGUUAUGUAAAAUUGUAAAAUGCUUUACACACAGCUUAAGAAUACUAUGAAAAGAACAAACAAAACUGAACACAAAUGACAUACAUUUAUUGAGAAAUACUAUAUAGAGACAUUUAUUUUGUAAUUUGGUUCAAACCACUGAAACAGUUAUGCAGGUUUCAUGAAAUGUUUCUGCACUUUACACAAAGUAGAGAUAACUCAUAUAAAAUGCUUGCAAAAUGUUUAACAAAUAAAAUUAUUUGGCCAUGGAAUAUUUAUACUUACGUUUAUUUUCUGAAUUUUUCCUGCAUUUCAAGACAAGCUCUUUGUGAAAUGUUCACCAAUCUUUAAACACAAAAUUUAUUUAAUAAUUUAUGAUCAGUCGAACCUUCUUUAGCGGUCGCUUGAGCAUAAUCAGACACAAACCAUAAAUUACUGAUCAUCAAAAUACACCAUAACACAUAAUUGAGCCGCGCCAUGUGAAAACCAACAUAGUGGCUUUGCGACCAGAAUGGAUCCAGACUAGCUCACAUAUACGCGCAGUCUGGUCAGAAUCCAUGCUGUUCGCCAAAGGUUUCUCAAAUUUCAAUAGGCUUUGAAAUUGAACAGCAUGGAUCCUGACCAGACUGCGCGGAUGCGCAGGCGGAUCUGGAUCCAUGCUGGUCACAAAGCAACUAUGUUGGUUUUCACAUGGCGCGGCUCAUAAUGAUCUUAUAGAUGUAUAUGUAACUGAAUAAUGUUAAACUUUGCAUCUGUUUUAAGAGGACUAUGCGUAACAUAACAAAACAAUGUACAUGAUGAUUAGAAAAAAAUAGCCUCAUGUCAACAUAUAAGCUUUAUAUUAUAUGCCACACACCGCAACCUGGAUAAAGUGGACACCUGCUUGUUGUCGUCACUUUCGGUGGCCGCUAUAAAUAAUGUAGACUGUAUUUUUUCAGUGUCCAUAGUUAUUACCCAUAUGUAUAUAAUAUGAUACGCAUGUUGUAACUUGUAUAUAAAUAAAUUUUUGGUUAAAUCUUUGAAACACAAAGCUUUAAUACUCCAGAUUAUGAAAAAGAUGAUGAAAUUUUGCUUAAAUUUCCUGCAUCAAUAAAAUGUAUCAAUUCUUUAGACAUAUUUUCUGAUACGUCAGUGGUUACGACAGUGUAAAACUUCUCUAUUGCUGUCGCGGUCUGGGUUUGAUUCCCAACGCGGCCAUCUUUUAAAAAAUGUUCUGAAACAAAAACUAGUAUUCCAAUGUUCAUAAUAUGACCAAAGAUCAGUUUGAAAGAAAGAUAAUGAUAGCACAUGUAAUAGCACAUGUAUAAUGAAAUAAGACUUGCUAGCAUGCUGAU